AUGGUGCCACUCACCAUCGCCAUCACGUCAUACCAUGCUAAUACCUUUGUCCGCAAGCCGCAGGCUGUCCGCGACGUGGCUCUCUUCGACGUCUCCGUCCCGGAUCCGCCGUACGCCAUCUCGGGCAAGCCGCUCAAGUGGUUUGCUCAUCUCACCUCGCUCCUACUUGUCAACGUGCGACUGUCGCAAGCCUCCGUCUCUGACCUCGGCUUUGACUCGCUCCCGCACCUCCGCAAGCUCUGGCUAGCAGAGACCAGCAUCUCCUCCCUCCCGCGUCGACUCUUCCGCGAAUGUACCGUGCUUGAGGAGCUCUACCUCUAUGGCAACCGUCUGGAAGCAUUCGAUGCCAUUUCUGAUGUAGCAUCGUCGCUCACCGUCCUCUCGCUUGCUGACAACGCGCUAACGUCUCUGGACACGCUCCCGAUCCUACCGGUUGUCCGCAAUCUGGCGCAUACGCUUCCUCGAGUUGUUAGACUCAACCUUGCUGGAAACAACUGGCGCUCGCUGCCGUGCAUCCUGCCUCUCACGGCGCUCGCGCGGUCACUCCGCUCGCUAGCGUUCGACAACGCCGAUUCGGGCCCGAACCCGUUUUGCGCUGCGCCGCUCUACGACGUCUUUCUUCUCUAUCACCUACCCCGGCUCGCCAAGCUCGACGGUCGCACCGUCGGCGACUCGGCAUCGCGGGUCGGCCCGUCGCCCAUCGACGUCGCCGAAAACGUUUUUGCCGGUCGCGCCGUCUACGCCUCUGCCCGUAUCGCCGCACGCGCCGCCGCCAACGCCGCAUUUCGCGCCGCAGUCGACAACGCUGUUGCCAUAGCAUCGGCAGCGCUUGCCAAACUCCACGCCGAUGCUGGACUAAUCGCCACUCUGGCGCACUACAGACCCUCGGUCCGCGCGUUGGCAGACUCUUCUGCACUCGCUGAGAGCGCGCUGACCUUUGCCAAAACCGCGGCGAUCGAGCUCGCUGCUGCCGCAGACGCCCGCCAUGCUGUCCUUGCUGCCCAAUUGGAACUGGCCGCCGGCCUGGAUCUGCUCCCGGUCGAGACUGCCGGCGCAGUCGUGCCCGGGGCGUGUGUAUUGUCGAGCAGUGUCGAGGCCGCGCUUCCUCUGGCCGCUCACGCUCUUGCGGUCUCGUGCCCCACGUCAAGCCCCACCCCGCUCACUCCGCGGUACAUGUUCUGGCUUGGAUCGACCGAGCCAGCUGGUGUGCUGCGGGCCAUUCGUAACGGCCUCGACAGCUGGUCGCAAGGUGAGCAUCAAUUUGCGUCACAGCUCUCGGCGCUGGAACCGGAGCGCCUAGCGGCCGCCCACGUGGUUCUAAUCUGCAAGGUGUACCUGGACCAGACCGACAGCGCGGCCGCCGCCACCGGCGGUCUCGGCUGCAAACUUGGACUUGAUCCGCGCAGAGCCAAGCCGGCGUUCGUCAUUGCACUCGGCCCGCGGGCGCUCCCGUUUACUGGAACAGCCCUGGAUGCUGAUCCUCGGCUGGUUGCUGCCGUCGCUGCCGAUUUCGCGCUCGCCAAAGCUCCCUGUCUCGCCCCGCUUGCCAGCAUGACGUCAUCAGUCAGGGCUGUGCUCACUGCGGCAUUCCCGCCCGAGCAAACGUCACCAUCCGAAGCACUUGCGCUCGCGCUCGCGCUGGCGGACGCAUCGUCGAGUCCGGCGCUUGCAGCCGGCCCCAUCGAGGCUGUGGUGCCGUCGCUAGCUGCGCUCCUUGUGCCGCCGCUGACCAAGGAUGGAGCGAGCCUCGUGCGUCUUGCUCUCGUCCACUGCGGCUUGACGAGCCUCGACGGACUCACGCCCGACCUGGUACCGGCUGUCACAUCACUGGAUGUCACUGGCAAUGCGCUUCGGUCGCUCGACGAUGGUCUGGCGGCGCUGCUGCCGCAGCUUGUCGAGCUUCGUGUCGGGCACAACAGGCUGGAUGGAGCAACGCCGACGCCUCGUGGCGCACACACCCUCCUCCGCAAGCUUCGCAAGACAGGCUCGCGGCUGCAGCUCAUCUCGCUCGCCUUCAAUCCGCUCUGCAGGCACUGGCCGAGCCACGCACGGUACCGCGCGGCUGUGCUCGCACGGCUCGGACCGCACUUGCGUGAGCUCGACGGAACGGGCGUCGGACCCGGGGAGCGCAAAGCGGCCAAGGUGAGCGUGGCGGGCCUCGACGACGCGGCAGCGCUGGCUGCCGGCGGCUUUGUACCGACCAACGCGCACUUUUCAGCCUGGCCAUGUUUUGUGCACCAUCCGCAGAGUCGGCUCGGCCAGCGCUCUGCACCCGACAACACCCCACCAGUGGGUCUCCUUCUCUCCGGCCGCGCGCCACUGACCUCGCUCAAUAGCGUGGCUGCCUGUACCUCGCUCCGCAUGCUGGAUCUCCGUGACAACGGCCUCGUCUCGCUCGCCGGCCUCGAGGCCCUGGCCCAGCUCGAGAGCGCAGUCGUCGCCGGUAACAAGCUCACCGAUCUUGACGGCUUGCUGCAAUGCCAGGCGUUGCGCUCACUCGACGCGUCGCGCAACGAGCUCGGCAACGCAGCGCUCCUGGAGCUCCCCCACACCUGCCGCAAGCUCCGAGUUCUGGACCUCUCGCACAACCACAUCAGCUCGCUCACGCCGCUCGCCGACGCGACGGCGCUCCGCGAGCUCUAUCUCUUCCACAACAGCGUGGCCCAGCUCGACGAGAUCGACGUACUCGUCGGCCUCGCACAUCUGUACAGUCUCGGCCUCGCCGGCAACCCGCUGGUGACCGACGCGCCACGCUACCGGGCCCUCACGCUCUAUCGCUGCAAGCACGUGCGGAUGCUCGACGGGGAAGCGGCUAGCUCAUCGACGCGAGUCGACACGGCCAAGCUUGGUCCGGCCGGGCGCAGGCUGGCCGCCGGGCGCCGCGCGAGUGGCCGCGCCGCCUCGGCGCCCUCGCUCCGCAGCUAG